AUGUUUCUCAAGCGAUCAGAUAGAGAAGCCCCCAGUGAGGCCCAGUCUUUCGGCCCGGACGAAGUGUACAGCAACCCGAGUAAGGCGGCGUCCAGCAAAAACACCUCCCAGCAGUGCGGCCACUCAUGUAAGAUCACAACAAUCAGCAUUCUAAUACCUGUCAUCAUUGUGGCCAUCUUAAUCAUGGUCUGCUACAUAUUGUGGCGGCGACGCAAGGUCAGCAAAGAUGAUCUGAAAGUGCAAGACGCCGUGAGAACCAAGUUGGAGAGAUUAGGGUCGAAAGAGACCUUGAGGGAGGAUUGGGAAAGUGUCUCCACUUUGAAAGCAGGUUCGACUGCGGGCGAGAGGGUUACCAUCAAGCAGGUUGAGGGCUCAGUGAAUGGAGAAGUUACGAAACCUACCGACGCCGGAUAUGAGAAGGGCAGAGACCAUAACGUAUGA